CCGACGUAAAGUUGGGGUAUCGCCACAAAUGUGCCAGCGUAUCGAAGCUACUCCUCGGUUGGCUGGGUCUUUUCUAACAGAGGUUGCAGCGCAUUUUCUCGGCGUUAUAUCACGCUGUGUUGUUGGAUGCUGCUUCGGGAGCUGCAGACCAUAAAGGCUGUUCCAAACCGAACCCCAAAUAAACUACUGGUCAUAACGCCCGGCUCCUUUGCUGCCCCUGCGGAACAUCAAAGUUGUGAAAACAACAGAACGUUACCUCGAAAACGUGUGGUAGAAGACAGAACACAAUAUAAUCGCCGCAUUGGAUAAUUUCUUAGUUUCGUCUCUCAUCUAUUUCACAGUCGCCAUUUUCCGUGGUCUGGCAUGGGCCCGAUCAUGUCAUGAAUGGGUGGACGUCUGCACAACUACCGCCGCAUUAUCGUGUUACAUUUACAGUUCGGUGCUUCUAACGUGUUAUUAUUUUUAAAAAUCAGCCUUUAGUAAAAUGAGUAUUUAAGUGGGUACAGUUUAAUUCAUAUUGUUAGGUGUCGUCACUGCGCACCCCCACAACACCCGAGAGUGGUACGUCCCACACAGGAGCCUUAAAAACACCGUGUUAAUGAAUAUUCCUCUCUGGUAGUAGAAUUCACCAUCAAAUUAAUUUCAAAUAAGUGAAUGAAAGCGAGACUUAGCGUUAUUUCUGUUGGUUAUAUAGUUGGAAACAGUAAUUUGUGAACACAUUUGGCACAGUCCAUUGUACAGUAGGUCAUUGAGGCACUUGGGCGUCCAAUCUUGGAACACAAAAAUGGACGUUUUUUAUGGAUUUUAUAUAUAUCUAAGACUUCAUAUGCACUUCUGACCUGAUUAAAAUAGUCUUAUGUGAUUAAGUACGAAUGAAUAGUGGGUCAACAGAAAAGAAGGUACCCCAAUAUUUAAGAAGUCGUCUUUUCUUAUGUCAGCAAGAUGAUCUCGCCAAAUGAAAUGCAGGAUUCAGAUGACUGCACCUUUUCCCUGGACAGUCUAUUUUUUCAGAAUCCCAGAGUCCAUAAAGUCAAGCCACUGGUACAGGAGCCUAAUCCCUGGCUCCUCAGCAUGCCGCCAUUGCUCUCUCAAAUUCCAGCAACCCCAGUCUUGCAGAAGGAAGCAGAGUCUUCGAUGACGGAAUACAGUUCUUAUCAAUGCCUCACAAAUGUCCAGCAAGUGCCCAAGGCAACCAGAAUUAUUGAGAAUCCAAGUCAAGCUGACCCGUUUCAAGAUGUUUUUUUGCCAAAAAAUGACUUCAGGGAGACGUCCUUGGCAUAUGAUGUACAGAGCUCAGAUUUGUCUACAGCCACUGAAAGAUGUUUUCCCUCACAAUCCAGCCAGGCGCCGCCGCCCUGGAAAAGAAAUGUGUCCAGCCUGCUCAAGGUCCCGUCAUUUAUCCGUGGAGGCGAUUCAUCAAACACAGAUGAUGUCAGCGGAAGCCGUCACGCUCAAACUUUCUCCAGUUGGGUUACUAUGGCAACAAUAUCUCCGUGUCACCCACCUCAGACAACUGGUAGCCAAGCGCUCCCCCCUCGCCCACCCAAGCCUCUUCUCCCCCCCCCACCUCUGGGCUCAUCUGCAUCACGUGGACGACCCCAGCCGCAGACGCCACACGCAGAGAUGCAAGACAAGGGCACAAAGAGGGCUUUCGUCCCCCCCUUAACGCCGCAGCCGCUUCACAUUCCAGGACCGUCGGGUUCUGGAGUACUGCGUCCAGUGUCUGAGAUCCCUGCAAAAUUUCGAUCGGUCUUUGAUGAGUUCCCCUUUUUCAACUACAUUCAGUCCAAGGCCAUUGAUGACGUUCUUUAUACGGAUAAGAACUUUGUAGCUUGUGCGCCUACUGGGUCUGGUAAGACAGUGCUCUUUGAACUCGCAAUUAUUCAUCUACUCAUGGAGUCAUCGGAGCCCUGGACAAACGUCAAAGCCGUUUACAUGGCCCCCAUCAAAGCCUUGUGCAGUCAGUGUUUUGACAACUGGAGUAAGAAGUUUGGUCCUUUGGGGGUGAAUUGCAAGGAGUUGACGGGCGAUACAGAGAUCGACGACUUAUUUGAGAUUCAAGACUCGCACAUCAUCCUCACUACUCCUGAGAAAUGGGACAGUAUGACUAGAAAAUGGAGGGACAACAGUCUGUUGCAACUUGUCAGACUCUUCCUCAUAGAUGAGGUCCACGUGGUUAAGGAUGCCACCCGUGGUGCCACCCUGGAAGUGGUGGCCAGUAGGAUGAAGGCUGUUGACUCUUACAGAACGGCCCAAAACCCAGACGCCGGCCUCUCCAUGAGAUUUGUCGCCGUGUCGGCCACUAUACCAAAUAUUGCAGACAUCGCGGACUGGCUGUCCAAUGAAAACGGCCCAGCUGCUUUUUUGGACAUGGACGAGAGUCAUCGACCAGUCAAGCUGAGAAAAGUGGUGCUGGGAUUCCCCUGUGGGCCAAACCAAAGCGAGUUUAAGUUCGAUCUGUCUCUGAAUUACAAGAUGGCCAGCAUCAUACAGACCUACUCUGACCAGAAACCUUCUCUGGUGUUUUGCUCCACAAGAAAAGGAGCCCAGCAGUCAGCCACUGUUCUUGCCAAGGACACCCGCUUCAUCAUGGGCAUCGAACAAAAGCAAAGGUUGAUAAAAUACUCGCAGUCUGUAGCUGAUUCAAAACUCAGGGAACUGGUUCUUCUGGGAGUGGGCUACCACCACGCUGGGAUGGAGCUGUCCGACAGGAAGCUGGUGGAACAUGUCUUUUCUCAAGGAGAUCUGCCAGUUCUCUUUACCACCAGAACCUUGGCCAUGGGGGUGAACCUGCCGGCACAUCUGGUGGUGAUCAAAUCCACCAUGCAGUAUGUCGCUGGCUCUUGUGAAGAAUACAGUGAGUCAGACCUGCUGCAGAUGAUAGGUCGGGCUGGAAGACCUCAGUUUGACUCCUCUGCCACUGCAGUCAUCAUGACUAAAGCACAAACCAGAGACAAGUACACAAAGCUUAUGAGUGGGAUGGAAAUCAUUGAAAGCAGUUUACACGGUCACCUGGUGGAGCAUCUGAAUGCUGAGAUCGUGCUUCAGACCAUCAGCGACGUCAACAUGGCUCUGGACUGGAUCCGCUCCACGUUUCUCUACAUUCGCGCUUUGAAGAAUCCAACACAUUACGGAUUUUCUGCUGACAUGGACAAAUUUGGGAUUGAAGAGAAACUGCAAGAGCUGUGCCUGAAGAAUCUCAACUCUUUGUCUUCAGUCGGUCUGAUCGAGCUGGAUGAGGAUAUCAACAUCAAACCAACAGAGGCUGGCAGAUUGAUGGCAAGAUACUGUGUUGCCUUUGAGACCAUGAAUCUGUUCAGUAAAGUGUCUGAGACAGAGGAGCUCGCUGAUCUGGUCGCGCUCUUGGCGAAAAGCAGAGAGUUCAACGUCAUCCAGCUGAGAGUGACGGAGAAGAGGCAGCUGAAUACGUUUAACAAGGACAAGAACAGGGUGACCAUUCGAUUUCCCCUCAGUGGAAAGAUCAAGACCAGUGAGAUGAAGGUGAACUGCUUGAUUCAAGCUCAGUUGGGUUCCAUCUUAAUUCAGGAUUUUGGCCUGGUACAAGACACAGCGAAAAUCUUUAGGAUUGGGAUGCGUAUCAGCAAGUGUUUGUCCGAGUUCCUCAGUCAGAAGCCUAAAAGAGGUUUCUGUUCUUUGCUCAACUCACUGAUCUUGGCCAAAUGCUUCCGAGCCAAACUUUGGGAAAACUCAAUUUAUGUUUCCAAACAGCUGGAUAAGAUUGGCCAGACGCUUUCCACGGCCAUGGUGAACGCUGGCCUCACCACAUUCAGCAAGAUAGAGCAAACCAACCCACGAGAGCUAGAGCUGAUUCUGAACAGACACCCGCCUUUUGGAAACCAAAUAAUAAAAUCUGUCAUCCACCUCCCUCAGUAUGGGCUCGCUAUUGAUCAGCUUCCAAGGUACAGUUGCACCACUGCAGAGAUUCUUGUCAAAGUGAGCCUGAAGAACCAGACACAGCUCUCCACCAAGAGGACAGCUCCUGAUCGCCACUAUAUCUCUCUGGUGGUUGGCGACUCUGACAAUAAUGUGGUCUUUCUUCACAAGCUCAGUGACUCCGUGCUCCUGAAAUGUGGCACCUGGUCAAGGAAGAUAGACGUGGCCAAACCCUCCAAGCUGGAUGAGAUCUGCGUGAACCUCAUCAGUUCAGAAUAUGUUGGCCUCGACAUCCAGCAGAAGUUCAGCCUUUACUUUUCUCGGGAGCAGAAGUAUCAGCCUGGUAAACCACUUCAGGGUGCUCAAGUCCAAACUGGACCACAGGCGCCGAAGGCUUUGACACAAAGUCAAAUCACAUUUUCCUCAGACCAAGGUGCUACAGUUGUAUUCAGUGUCAGCAACGAUGCACCUAUGAGACAUUUAGAAGGUUUUUCUUUUUUAGCCGAAUCAGAUGGAGGAAGCAAAAGGCGAUGCAAUCACCACUGCAAGAACAAGCAACAGUGCGGCCAUGAAUGCUGUAAAGUUGGGGUCACUGUGCCGCAGCAGAAGCAGAGCAGUCAGGACUCCAGGAUGUUCUCUUAUCUCAGGGAUCUCAGGGACAGACAGGAGACUGAUUCAGAGACUCCUGCCAAACGUCUGAAGAAGAAGGCUUUGGAAGACUCAUCCAACCUGCAGAGGUUUUCGUACCAAACCAAAUCCAAAUCCAAAUUGCCGUCCAGUUCUAGAAGUGACCAGUACUACGCACCUCCUCCACACAUGGAGUCUGUGGAUGUGGCCGAGGACAACUGUUUGUCAGGUUAUCAGGACAUUGAUGACUGUCAGCUGAUGAUGGAGGAGCCAGUUCCAGCUGGAACUACCACUUAUAAACCAGAUGCCAGACUGUGGUUUAAUCCAGCGUUUAGCGUUUCACACUCUCAGAAACCGAAACUGAGUCACUCGGUCAACCUGUACAACUGCCCCGCUCCGGGAACAUCCUUCAGCACCGCCAACUCUUCCACCCAGCAAAUACCAACGGUCAACUUUAACCUCAUGUACGAACAUGAUGACUGGAGCGACUUUGAUGACGAGAACUUGGUACGCGCCAGUGAGACCUCCAUGACCUCAUGUGGGAGCGCAGCUCCUCAAGUCCAGCAGUAUGGAGUCACCAGUUCCACUGCACAACCUCCUUUGUUUAGUGAGUCACAAAUCCGAGGCUGUGCUGCCUCAGCGAGGACCCCACUGAGGUCCCUUACAACAUCCAAGCAGCCUCAGAAUGUAGGACCCUCCCCGUUAACAGUCAAAGACCAGAGCAGAAUCACACUUGACUGUUUCAAAAAGAGGCCCAGCGGUUUGGGUGAACAAGUCGCUGUAAAGGCGGCAACCCAAAAUCCAGUCUCCUCAUCGAGCCAAAGGUUUGAUUUCUUCUUGACAAACACACCGGCUAACAGCAACAUCACUGCUGACAGAAGCAGCUUGGAGGAGACCUCUUUUGGAAUAUUUGAUGGUAUAUUUUAGCAUUAUGUCUUGGGCAUAGGCUCGAUCAGUGACGUUCCACUGACAACGAAGUUUUCAUGCUGUGGUUUGUUUAUUAGAGAUAGUAAAGGAUAAAAGUUGGUUGUUGCAACACAUAGUUUGCUAUAAAUGUGUUUAAUUUAUUUAAAAAAUAAAUGUAGUCAUUGUUAUUGUCACUGUUAAUUGUAGUUUCAUCUUUGUCAUCAGUUAACAAUAACAUAUUUGUCUGUGCCAUUUUAAUGUCAUGCAUUCGCAAACUGAUCCCUUGUUACAAAUGUUCACUGGUUCAUGUUGGCAGACAUUGAGACUUUUUUGUUUCAUAUUUGGAAAUUAAACAGCUAUCCAG